AUGGAGAUAGGGGAAAGUGAAAAGAAGGGACAACCCCCUCCCUUAGGUGAGAAAGAGGAAGAAAAGGAACUCUCUGACAAAGCAGUUAAUGAAUCUGUAGUCGACGAAAAAAAUAAAGAACUUCAUGUUUAUCCUAACAAAAGCAUCUAUGAGGGGGGUUAUCUUCAUGGGAAGAAAUCAGGAUUAGGAAAAUUAACCAAAAGGAAUGGGGAGUUUUACGAAGGCAACUUCCAAAACGGACAAAAGCACGGAGGAGGGUUCCAGCGAUAUUCCAAUGGGGACUUCUACUACGGAGAGUGGAAGCACAACAAGAAGGACGGUCGUGGCAUUUUCUUCUUUUCCGCCACCGGCGAAUACUACUUCGGCGAAUGGUGCACGGGAAGCCUCAUCAGCGGGGCCUGGAUCAUCUCCAGCGAAGCAAAAUACCUGGGAACCUUUUUUAGAAACCUACCUAAGUGUAAGGGAGAGUUUUUCUUUGGCAACGACUCAAAAAUUAAUGUCUUUUACGAGCAGACCUUGGGAAUUUCAUGGGGUAUAGAGGACAGGAACGCGGAGCGCGUGGGAUUGCACUGGAGGCUGCUAUAG